AUGGAUGAUGAAGACGAGUCAAUAAUUGGUAAAAUUUAUAUGAAGUAUAAGCGACAAUCUUGGUUGCGAACGAUACUUUUCACCGCUCUUAUUAUUGUUACACCUCUCGGCUAUUUUAUUGCUGAGAAAUCUUUCAAUUACGCUGCGAAUUAUGGUUACUACUCUUCAGCAAGUAUCAGUUUUCCACGAUACAGCCUAGACCAGAUGCGUGAAUUUGCAUUCAAAAACAGCAUCGCCACCGAUUAUAAACCAUCAUUUUAUACUCGUUGGAAUCUUUCGUUCAACAAAAUUUUAGAUGAUCCCGAUAACGGAUUUAAUAUGAGCGAUAACGAUGUAAUUGUAUUCUUGCACAUUCAAAAAACAGCAGGCACAAGUUUUGAGCGCUUUCUUGUUAAACAUCUCAAUGUUUCAACACCGUGCAUUUGUCGUAUGGGAAAGAAGAGAUGCACUUGUAUAGGCCCUGGUCCCAAGAAAAAGAUAUGGUUAUUUUCUCGUUAUUCAACUGGUUGGGUUUGUGGAUUGCAUGCCGAUUUCACUGAAUUGUUCGUCUCUGGUUGUGUGGAUAAUGCAUUGGAUAAAAAAGAAGGUUUUCAUCGAAAGAGGCGAUAUUUUUAUACCUCAUUUUUUCGAGAACCAGUAGCACGAUUUAUAUCCGAAUAUCGUCAUGUGGAACGAGGCGCUACAUGGUUAGCAGCAAGGCACAUAUGUAAUGGUCGACCACCAACACCCGAGCAAUUACCAAUGUGUUUUGAUCCAGAGAUUGGAUGGGAUGGUGUAACAUUGGAUGAAUUUCUUGCCUGUCCAUAUAAUCUUGCUUUUAAUAGGCAAACUCGAAUGCUAGCUGAUCUAACAUUAAUCAAUUGUUACGACACGCGAUCAACGGAUGCAGCAACCAGAGAUAAGAUUAUGUUGGAAAGUGCAAAAGUCAAUCUAAAAAAUUUGGCAUUUUUUGGUCUCAAAGAAUAUAUGGCUGAAAGUCAAUGGAUGUUUGAACGUCUUUUCCACUUAAAAUUUUCAAAGAAUCUUGCUGAGUGGACCAAAAGCAAAUCAAACGAUACUGAAAUAACUCUACAACAAAUGCAGUUAAUUAAGGAUAGGAAUAGAUUGGAUAUCAUGUUGUAUUCAUACGCCAAAAAACUUUUUUUUAAGAGGUUAAAGCAGUUGCAGUCAAGCAUUGAUGAUUAUUCAGUGUUCCCACACAGAAUGGUCAAUGGUAGUCGUGCUGGUGAUUUGAAAAUAGUUAAUCGAAGCGAAGGACAAUGA